AUGCAUGUUCUUUUCUCUGUGAAGAGAGUCGCCUUCUCUGACCCCUUUUUGUCACACAGAAGAAAACUUUUUUCUUGGUUCAGUUUAGGUGCUGCAGCUUCUCUUGUUUUGUUGUCCCUCUUCAUUUUUGGUAACUCCCUCAGGGUUCCGAAAGUUGCAGUCUUUGUUCCACAACUUGAUACUGUUGGUGCAAAUUCUUCGCUUGCUGCUUGUCCCUUGUUGCCUUGCAACGCUAGCCACUCUUCUUCCUCUGGGAACAGCAAUUCUAACACUUCAAAGUCUCAUGAGUACAAGAGUUCUGCCAAGAUGACUGAAGGAGGAAGUGCUGCUGUGGUUGAUGGAACAAAUGGAGUGAAUAAUGUGUCUGAUAAAAACACAGAGAGUGUAACGGGUUUGGAGAAUUCUACUUUUUCUUCUUAUUUGUUGUCAGAGAGUAACAAAGGAAAACAUGAAGGGGAUCUGGUUGGGGAUAAGAAUUUAAAGAAUGUAACUGUCCUUCUUAAUGAGAAAAUGCAUGUUGGUAUACAUGAGGAAUGUGACAUUUUUUAUGGAAAGUGGGUAAGAGAUGGUUCAAAACCAUACUAUCCUUUAGGGUCUUGUCCCCAUAUUGAUAGAGAUUUUAACUGUUACCGUAAUGGGAGGCCUGAUGGAGAAUAUGUUAAAUGGAGGUGGCAGCCAUAUGGGUGCAAAAUUCCAAGUUUGAAUGCAACUGAUUUUCUGGAGAGGUUGAGGGGACAGAGGCUGGUUUUUGUGGGGGAUUCACUGAACAGGAACAUGUGGGAGUCACUUAUAUGCAUUCUCCGUGAAAGCAUCAAGAACAAGAAACGGGUAUUUGAAAUAUCGGGAAGAAAGGAAUUUAAGAAGAAAGGCGUUUAUUCUUUUAGAUUUGAGGAUUAUAAUUGUUCAGUGGACUUUGUUGCUUCGCCAUUCAUUGUUCAAGAGUCAACUUUCAAGUCCAAAAAUGGAUCAUUUGAGACAUUAAGAUUGGAUUUGAUGGACCGGACUACAACUAGGUAUCGAGAUGCUAAUAUCAUAGUCUUCAACACAGGGCAUUGGUGGACCCAUGAUAAAACAUCAAAAGGAGAAGAUUAUUAUCAGGAAGGAAACCAUGUACACGCAAGACUCAAGGUUCUGGAUGCAUACACGAGGGCUUUGACCACUUGGGCCAAAUGGAUUGAUCGAAAAGUCAAUGCCAAUCAAACUCAGGUUUUCUUCCGAGGAUACUCAGUCACCCAUUUCUGGGGUGGGCAAUGGAAUUCAGGAGGACAGUGCCAUAAAGAAACUGAGCCAAUAUUUAAUGAAACUUACUUACAAAAGUAUCCUUCAAAAAUGCUGGCUCUAGAAAGUGUCAUCCAACAUAUGAAAACCCCAAUAGUAUAUAUGAAUAUAAGUAGGCUUACAGAUUACAGAAAAGAUGGGCAUCCUUCAGUAUACCGAAGGGAGUAUAAGAAAUCAACGGAUCAGAACUCUACUGCACUAUUUGAAGAUUGCAGCCAUUGGUGCUUGCCUGGGGUACCGGAUACUUGGAAUGAAUUGCUAUAUGUUUCUCUCUUAAAAUAUGGAAAGGGAACUUGGAAAAGCUGA